AUGCCUAUAAAACAGGCAGAUAUUGAUCGCUCUAUUAAUGAUAAUCUUCGUCGCUGUCGAUUAUAUAUAUGGCGUAAUUAUAACGGAUUUGGUUUUACUGUUACUUCUGAAUCUCAACUACCACCUAUUAUUACAUGCGUUGAAUCUAAUAGCCCAGCAGCUGCCGCUGGUCUUAACAUACAAGAUUAUGUACUUGCUGUUAAUGAUACAAGUACUGCCGAUGUUAGUCAUGCAGAACUAGUAGCUAUGGUAAAAAAUGCACGAGAUACUGAUGCUUCUGUUGAAUUACUUGUCCUUCAUCAAGAUUUUUACAGAGAACUAAAGAAAGUAAAUCGAUUAUUCGACCCAAAACGCGCGAAAAUCAUUGAAGCACCACGGAUAAUGCCAAUAAAUUAUCAAAACUUCCCAAAACAUCAACCACGCACUUGCUUAUUAAGGUUGGCCAAAAAAGAGAAAUCAUUUGGUUUUUCAAUUGUAGGCUCUUCAACGUCGACUGGUCUUUAUAUUGACGAGGUAUGUCCGAAUUCAGUCGCUAGCAAUGCAUUGUUACGUGAAAAUGAUCGAAUCAUUGAAAUUAAUGAUGAAUUCGUUGAUGAUCAGCAAAGUGAGGCUAUCAAGAAAAAAUUGGUUCAAGCAAAAAAAGCAGGCUUUUUAAAAUUAUAUGUUAUUGAUAUGGAUACCUACGAAUCUUUCCGAUCGGAGAACAUACCAUUAUCAUCAAACGAAUAUCUGCAUGGCUCAUCUAUAAGAAAAGCGUCAACAUAUUCAUAUAAUAGUGAACAUCAGGGUAACUAUCAGCAUUUUAAUGUCACCCCAGGUCGUGGACGUACGGCGGGAAACGGCCGGAAAGCACAGGAAAGCGCUGGAAACUGGAAGCAGUAUUCCAGUUGGAAGUUACCGGAUUUUCUUCCUGUAGAUUCCGAUCAACUUCCAGAUACAUCAAAUGCUAGCACUCAAACUUCAACCAUUGGUGUGUGUUACGGUGAUCUGACAACACAAGAGGCAGAUGUUAUUGUUGUUUGUUCUUCAUCUGAGUAUUUAUUUAAAAGUAUCUGUAAAGCUGGUGGUGAUUCUGUAUCAAAUUCAUAUACUAAACAAAUUAAGGACAACCCUGAUGCCCCCGUAAUUACUGUCACAGCAGCUGGAAGAAUUGCAUCAAAAAUGAUUUACUUUCUCCCAUGGCAAUCAAAUCCGGAUGAAUCUAUACUUCGUAAAUCAAUUGAAAAGUUUGUUUCAGUUGCAUUAGAACAAGCUAUACAAUGUAAUUAUAGAAAUAUUACAUUUCCAGCUAUUGGUUGUGGUGGAUUCGGAUGUUCGAUUCAGUUCAUUGCACGUACUAUGGUUAAAAACGUUCAUAGCAAAGUAAAAGCACAUUCAAUGAUGGUUUCCUUCGUAAUACAGCCAGAUAGAAAAGAUAUCUAUGAUGAAUUUAAAAAGCAAAUUGAUUUAUUAGAGUCACCAUCAGCAUCUAGUAAACUGCGAAUAAUAUGUGCAACAUUUGGGAAAGGAGACAUUGAAGUUGAAAUGGGGGACAUAACAAAACAGAAGGUAGACGUUAUUGUUGGUAGCACUUCAUCAGGAAUCCUAACAGACACCAUAAUCAACGCAGCUGGUAAAGAAAGUCAACUGGCAUACGAAAUGGAAAUAGCAAAUCAUCCGAAUUCUGCUCUAAUCGCAAUACCAUCAGGAUCUUUAUCCUGCAAAAAAAUAUUUUUCGUCAAGUGGGAGCCUAACGAUAAUGAAGAAAUACUCCGACAAUCUCUUAUUGAUCUCAUAUCUAUUGUUGUACAGAAUGUGAUAUCACAUAAGUUUACAUCGAUUGCAUUUCCAGCUAUUGGAUGUGGAAAACAUGCCUGCUCAGUAGACAUUGUAGUUCAAACAAUGGUUUACGAAAUGAAAAAACAUCUGAUUCAAAGAAAACUAUCUUGGAGAGUAAAAUUUGUAGUCAACGCCAACCAAGAAAAUGUUUAUGAUGAAUUUUGUAAACAAGUACUCACAACAGAAGAUGGUUUUCAUGAAGCAACAGCUUAUCAAUUACCUGCAACAUGGGAGAAAUCGGCAGAAGAUAAAAUCCGCUUUACAUUGUCUACAAAAGUACACGAAUACAAAUCUAUCGUUUCUAAUUUCGACCAAGCCAUGAAAGGAAAGUAUACAAAUAUUAUAAAAAUCGAACGAAUUCAAAACGAACGGUGGUAUAUGCAAUACUUAGCACAUAGUAAAGAUUUCCGAAAACGACUUGAAAUGAAUACAGAAAAACGUUUAUAUCACGGCUGUCCUGAACAAGCUGCGAAUGCAAUUAUUGCAGAUUGUUUCAACAGAAGUUAUGCUGGAGUGAAUGGAACUGUUUACGGCGUUGGUGUUUAUUUUUCUUCUGAUGCAACCUAUAGCCAUGGAUACACUAAACCAAAUGCAAGUGGUGAACGAUGUAUGUUUCUCUCACGAGUUCUCGUAGGAAAAACUACCAAAGGAAAUAGUACGAUGAGAACUCGACCACUUGGUUUCGAUUCAACUACAGAUGAGAAACAUAUUUUCGUUACAUAUCAUGAUGCACAAGCAUUGGCCGAGUAUUUGAUUACAUACAAAUAG